AUGCACGGCACCCGACACCACUUCGAGGGCCGUCUUCCCGCAGCAUGUAUUCUCGUACGAGACACCGUUGAGCUUUGCCGCCACCUCAAAGACGGAUCCGGGCGGCGCACCCUGGUCGUAGUAGUCGACAUUCAGAAUCAGCGGCGGCCGGCCCCACGUGUCCACACACACCUCGGCCGCCGCGCCCAGGCUGUUGAUGCCCGUCGCCGCAUUCGACUGGUUGAGCAGCGCCAGGGCCGGCACCGUGAAAUUCUGGCCUAG